CCGACAUGUCAUUUUACUGGGGCCAAGAAAUAUGCGGCCCCCGCCCGCGAUCCUGAGGCCCGGCACACAUGAUAUUUCUGGCGCUGAUGACCUUCCGGGGCGGGGUGGGGAGGAAUCUUGACCCGAAGCCUAAAAACGUUUUCCAAACACCCAAGGGCUGUGAGCACUGAACACAGACUUCAUUCUGGCGACGUUGAACCGACGGCUGCUUAGUACUGUGUGUUAGGCUGGAUCCGUCGUGUUGGAAGCUCCGAACCUUGUUUCAGCCUGCGUCAUGACGCAGGCCCUGUUCCCAAUAUUUGGACUUUGCGUUGAGUAUAAACCCACUCUUUGAAAUGGAUGUUGCCUGCUGGAAUUGAGUUGCAUCUGCACAUCUAGAGAUACUUGACGUCUUCACACCUGCACUUACACCACACAUGCAGCGAGCUCGGAUAGGGCGGCCGUGUAAGUGCAAGGGUAGGCGCAUCUUGGUACGUCUGCACUGUGCCGAGAUCAGGACUCAUCUGGUCAAGCCAACCACGAUCUUGGCAGGUCAUCAGUACGGAAUCUAUGACCAAUUCUUGCUGCUUUAAACAUGUCCAACGAGAUACAUCUUCAAUCGAUAUCGUAACCGUCGUUGGGUACGGGUGUACAAAGAUACGCAGUACAACCACAAUAGUGCCUCGGCACUUGGCCUCGUGCGUCUCGGUGCCGGGAUCGGCAGAUAAGGAUCUCGUUUCAGGAUGUUUGCGUCAUUGGCUGCCUGCCAGCCCUGCCCGACCGCGGCGGCUGCGUGUGACCGACGGGACUGACUGGUGACGGUCAGAUAGGGGACUAACCCGAGUGAUCCUCGUUGCCUCGUGAGCACCAGGGGCAAUCCUCCCAUCAACACAACAACAUCCCAAGCAUCCACCAUGAGACUUAGCACAUCGUCCCUCGUCGCCCUGCUGGCCCCGGCCAUCUCCGCUCGUUUCAUCGAGCGGACAGAGGGCAACAACGUGCAGCUGUACCCCGAGGGCGUCUACGAGGAGUCCGCCGAGAAGUUCCUGGUUGAACUGGCGCCCGGCGACACCAGGUGGAUCACAGAGGAGGAGAAGUGGGAGCUCCGACGCAAUGGCCAGCAGUUCAUGGACAUAACCGAGACCCAAGACCUGGGCGCCUCGCGAACCCGCGCCCUCGCCAGCGUCGUCUUCCCCGCCAAGGCCUCCUUCCAGGACGAGGUCAAGCCCCUGCUCAAGAACCUGUCCAAGACGGAGAUGCACGAGAACCUCGAGAAGUUCUCCAGCUUCCACACCCGCUACUACAAGUCCGACUACGGCAAGCAGUCGUCCGAGUGGCUCCUCAAGCAGGUCAGGGACAUCAUCGCGGAGUCGGGGGGCGCCGAGGCCGGCGUCCACGCCGAGGCCUUCCCGCACUCGUGGCAGCAGAGCUCCAUCAUCGCCACCAUCCCGGGCCGGACCAACUCGACCGUCGUGGUCGGCGCCCACCAGGACUCCAUCAACCUGUGGCUGCCCUCGAUCCUCGCCGCCCCGGGCGCCGACGACGACGGCAGCGGCACCGUCACCAUCCUCGAGGCGUUCCGGGUCCUCCUGGGCUCGGACGCCGUGCGCGGGGGCGGGCUCGAGAACACGGUCGAGUUCCACUGGUACAGCGCCGAGGAGGGCGGCCUGCUGGGCAGCCAGGCCAUCUUCUCGGCGUACGAGAGGGGCGGGCGCGACGUCAAGGCCAUGCUGCAGCAGGACAUGACGGGCUACGUCGAGAAGACCAUCAAGGCCGGCAAGCCCGAGAGCGUCGGCGUCAUCGUCGACUACGUCGACCCCAAGCUCACCGAGUUCAUCAAGAAGAUCGUCGUCGAGUACUGCGACAUACCCUUCGUCGAGACAAAGUGCGGCUACGCCUGCUCCGACCACGCCUCCGCGUCAAAGGCCGGGUACCCCUCGGCCUUUGUCAUCGAGUCCGCCUUUGAGGACAGCGACCAGCACAUCCACUCCACCGACGACACCAUCAAGUACCUGUCGUUUGACCACAUGCUCCAGCAUGCCCGCAUGACCCUCGCCUUCGCUUACGAACUCGGCUUCACCGACUUUGCGAAGCUCAAGGGAGGGAGCGCCGGGGUCGAGCAGGAGUUGUAGGGGCAUUAUUAUGUGGCAUUUUUACGUCUGGAUUCAGACAGGAGACAUUGGACAUUCUCUCUUGAGCUGCAGGCCCGCACGUAUCCGAUGGGGCCGGACCACCAGGAUAAGCACUGCACUGGAUGAUAGACACAUCAGCGUAUGAAAGAUUCCCGGGCGUCCUCGUCCACACUGUUCACGGUCGUUUCGAAGUAUCUCGAUAUAAUUUCAUGGAUCGUAGUUUG